AUGAGUAGUAGCCCUAAGGACCUUGAUCGGUCCAUCUUGCAGCCCUAUGAUGAUCCCGAUCAGGAUGACUUCCGCUCAAUUGAUCCCGAAUCCGGGGUUAAACGUGGUUUGAAGACGCGACAUUUAUCAAUGAUGGCUUUGGCCGGAAUCAUUGGACCCGGACUUUUGGUCGGCAGCGGAGGCGCAUUAUCCGCCGGUGGGCCGGCUUCGUUGUUGAUUGGCUUCGGUGUCAUCGGCAUAAUUGCUUUCAGUAUUAUGCAAAGCCUAGGCGAGCUGACCACUCUUUAUCCAUCGGGAGGAGCAUUUACUCAGCUUGCGUCUCGAUUUGUGGAUCCAGCGUUUGGUGUUGCUGUUGGAUGGAACUACUUCGUCAUCUGGUUCGCGGUCCUUGCCAACGAAUAUAAUGCUACGACAAGCAUACUAGUAUUCUGGAGUGACAAGGUACCCGUAUGGGGAUAUUUUCUUCUCUUAUGGACCGCUUUCUUAUUAUUCCAACUCCUGGGUGUUUCUACAUUUGGUGAGGCUGAGUUUUGGCUAGCUCUUCUUAAACUUGUGGGAUUGGUGGCAUUCUACAUAUUUUCCAUCGUAUACGUGUCAGGCGGAAUCAGUGGGACAGAUGCUAUAGGCUUCCGGUAUUGGCAUGACCCAGGGCCUUUUGUCGAGGGCUUUCGUGGUGUAGCUAAAGUCUUUGUUUUCUGUUCUACAUUCUAUGCUGGUUGCGAAUCGGUGGCUGUGGCUGCCACUGAGACCAAGAACCCUCGAGUUGCUGUCCCGCUAGCAAUUCGCCAAGUCUUCUGGCGCAUCAUAUUCAUCUAUAUGGGCGCAGCUUUCUUUUUCGGUCUCACCUGUCCAGCAAAUGCUGAUCAGCUUGUUAAUGGCAGCAGCCGCGCUUUGUUAAGUCCGAUGACCGUUGCGAUUCAAAAUGCAGGCUGGCAAGGUGGUGUGCAUCUCAUAAAUGCCUUUAUUCUUAUCACAUGCAUUUCUGCCAUCAACAGUUCUAUCUACAUUGCAUCGCGGACUCUGCUAUAUAUGGCACAGCAAAGAAUGGCCCCGUCUUUCCUCGGGUGGACAGACAAGAGGGGAGUACCAAUUCCUGCCAUCACUCUAGCAAAUGCAUUCGGUGCCUUGUCUAUGAUGAAUAUUUCAACCGGUGCUUCUAAAGCCUAUGGAUAUAUUGUCAACUUGAGUGGGGUUUCAACUUUCCUCGUCUGGGGGUCUAUUUCUCUCACUCACAUUCGAUUUCGCCAAGCUUGGGAAGCACAGGGUUAUCAAGUUGAGGAUCUACCGUACGUUUCUCUUUGGUAUCCCUGGAAUGCAUAUUUUGGCUUAGCAGCGAAUAUAUUUCUGGCGUUAGUACAAGGUUGGUCUAACUUUUCUCCAUGGGACGCCGGCGGCUUUGUCGAUGCCUACAUUCUAUUGCCAUUGUUUUUUGUAAUAUUUAUCGGAUAUAAACUCGCUUUCAAAACCAAAUUUUGGAAGAAUGAAGAGAUCGAUUUACAAUCGGGGAGACGUCGUGAUUUGGAAGAAGACAAGGAGAUCGCCGAGGGUGAAAUAGGGGGUUCCCGACCGUGGUGGCGUCAGCUUCUGAACCUUUUCUAG